AUGAUUUUUACCAAACCUCCUUUACCUUUCAUAGGUAAUAAGUCGAAGAUCAGGAAAGAUCUUAUCGACAUACUCAAAGACAUCAAAGGGGAUUAUGUCUUCGUUGACCUAUUUGGUGGUUCUCUCUAUAUCUCUCAUCUGUUGCAUAUUAUGUUCCCAAAAGCAACGAUCAUAGCUAACGACUAUGAUAACUACGUUGAUAGACUGAAACACAUUCAUGACACGAAUGAAAUACUUAAGGAACUUAAGGAGAGAAUAAAUGUUAAGCCAGAUGAGAAAAUUCCUACUGAUCAGAAAGAGAUCGUCAGAGAAGUUAUAAGUAAAGCUCCAUACAUAGACUGGGAUACAUUAUGUUCACGUCUUCUCUAUUCUGGAGCAUACAAAUACUAUGAUCUUGACACAUUAAUGAAGAAAGUGUUAUACCUCAGAUAUACUAACUUAUUUGGUGAAAACAUAGAUGACUAUCUUGAAGGUUUAACUAUUGUUCAUAAAGAUUGGAGAAUACUCUUCAAUGAGUAUAAAGAUCUUCCCAAUGUUUUCUUUAUAUGUGAUCCUCCAUACUUCCAUACUUAUUCUAUACAGUAUGGAGAUGAAUGGACUCUUAAAGAUACUGUAGAAACCUUUGAUGUCCUUAAUUAUCCAUCUAUUUACUUCAGUAGUGAUAAAUCUUAUACAGAAGAACUUAUAGAGAUAUUGACAAAAAGAUAUGGAGAGAAAUUUCCUAUGAGAAAGCAUGUUAUAGAUAGAGGUUUAAUUAAUCCUAACACUCAGAAAAAUAAUGAAGUAAUAUAUGUCACUUUUUCUGUUAAUGGAGAAGAGAAAGAUCAAGAAGAUAAUAGUUGA